AUGCGGGCCGCAGGAAAGGGGGUGACCGGGACCGAGGUUGUUCACGGGGAUGAUGAUGGGGUCCAGGAUCGCGAGGAGGAACGUGAGGGAAACGGGUGGGAGAUCGGCGCGGAUGUCGAGAACGACGAAGGGAGGGGAAGGGUGCGACAGCGAAUAUCGGCGAGGUCGGCGUGGAGGCGGCUCACGGAGGUGGUGGCAUGGUCGAGGUCGGUGAAGGGGAUAACGCCGCGGUCCCCGGAGCAGAGGGGCGUGGAUGGGCAUACCGAUGCCACCGCGGGAGAAGGCCGGCGGGAGCGGUCUAGGAGGAGGAAGAAGGCGGCGAGCGGUCAUCCCGGUUCCACCGCGGCUGGGCGGCAGGCGCGGCUGGACGUCGUCGAUCAGCUGAGGGCGGAGAACAGGAGAUUGCGUGCAGACAAUGCACUCCUUGAACGGCGGCUCGGUGAGCAGACGGGGCGGGUCGACAGCUUGGCGGCGGCAUUAGCUGUGCUCCUCGAGAAGGUGAAGGGUUUGACCGCCCAGGUCGCCGACACCGACCGGAAAUCGGAGGAGCGCCUCAAAGAGGCCACGUCGACCAUGGCGACCACAAUCACCGAGGGCCUCACCGACAACAUGGACAGCGCCAUUCAAUCGGCCAAGUCCUUCGCCGAGCUAGCGAGGCAGACGCUGCUGGAUCUUGACGACCCCAAGGGACGAGCGGCGGUCGCACGCGCGACCGCGGUGAAGACAGUGACCGAGCACGUGACGGCGGAGGUGGGCGAGGCGAGGAAGGGGUUGGAGGAGUCGUUCAUCAAAUACAUCGGCGCCGCGCAGACCAACAUUGCCGCCGCCGUCGCGCCCCGCCUAGUCCAGCCGCCGCCGCCGCCUACCGGCCCAGCGCAGGCCUUGCCGGAAGAUUUCCUGAAGUCUUUCAAGGAGGACGUGCUGAAGGCGAUGACGGAGACCACGCAGCAGUCCUUCCUCGCCUCCGGACUGAAGAUAAUGGCCGAGGUCGUCGGCACGGUGGCGUAUGCUCGGCGUGGGUCGUCGCCGUCGGCAAACGACGCCGGCCAAGCGCAACCUACGGAGGGCUUGAAGCUGGGUCACAAGAGGCGGGGAGGCGGCGGGGGGGGCGACGGGGACAAUUCGGCGAUCACGAAGCGGAGCAAGGGAGGCAGGGGGUCUGGCGGCGGGGGGGGGGACGGAGACGAUUCGGCGGGCGCGAGGCGGACCAAGGGAGCGGCUGGUUCUCGCGUCGCCGGCGAUGGGAGCAUGGGAGCCGGCGACGGCAGUUCGUUGAAGCAGUCGGGGAAGAGCGUGGUCGACAUCCUCAGGAAGCACUGGGCUCAGGUUGGAGCGGCCAGCACGGGCCAUGGUGGUGGGGGUCCCGCCGACGAGCAUGCCACUGAUGACGCACUGCCAAUGGCUCCGCCUUCGGUCGGCGUUAAGCCACCACGACAGGGUAGCGGUGUGAAAGGCCUGCGCGACAAGGGGAAGGCCGCCGCCAAAACGGCCCCAGGCGGGUCCGCGAAAGCUGGCCAGGGCCCGAAGACAAGGGUUGAGGAGGCGUCAGCGGUUCCUCACCAGUCUCCCGCGGGUGCACGCCAUCCGACCGGACCGUCUGCCGGGCGACCUACCGACGUCCCGCGCCAUGCCGACGUACCGUCUGCCGACAAGGUUGGCCGCGCGGGAAAAGGGGCGGCAGUUGCGGACGCGCUCAAGGAGCAGCUCAGGCUCCUAGCCGGCCACAGGGCUGUUCAACAGGCCCCCCCUGCUGUCGACGUCCCAUCGGCCAGUGGGCCACGUGUAGUGCCGGUCGUCGCCGCCCGUACUCCUGCAGACCCAAAGUCCGCGUUGUUGCGCGCCCAGCUGGGCGCACUAGCGUCGACUGAGAGGACUCAGCAGGCUUCUGGCUCUGGCUCUAAGCCGUCGUCGGCGAAUGUCGCACCACCCACCCAUGUGGCAGCUGAUGUGGAGAAGGCGGCGGAGAAGGGCGUUCGUGCCGCGCUUGCCACCGGCGGCGGCGCCGUUGAGGAGGUCCCCGCAGACGCUGAUAUCGCUGCCAUACAGGCCCAUCUGGAUGCAGCCAAUCCCCGAACCCUGGCCAUCUCCGACACGGAACAUGUGGAGCCUUCGGCGGGACUCGUCGGCAUCGCGGCAGAGCCUAGUGCGACCGGUGAUGCGGUCGGUGAGGGAAAGUCGAAACGGAAGGGGAAGGCGGGCUCACAGAGGAAGACGCGGGAGAAGUCGGAGGUGAAGGCGGCGGAUAAACAGAAGGGGAUGGCGGCGGAGACGGCGGCGGACAAAGAUCGAGGCGGCAUUGGGGAGGUUGAAGGGAAAGGGGAGAAUCAGGAGAAGUCGCCCGGCGAGGGUACGUCGACGGGGAGGAAGGGGAAGGACAAGUCGGUCGGAGAAGGUGCGUCGACCGGGAGAAAGGGGAAGGAGAAGGCGGUCGGCGAGGGUUCCUCGAAGGGGAGAAAGGGAAAGAGGAAGGCGGAGGAGGAGGAUGAGGAUGUCGAGGAGGUGGAGGAGGUCGAGCAGGAGGAAGAGGAGGAGGAGGAGGAGGAGGAGGGGAAGGGCAAGGAGAGGAGGGGUCAUGGCAUCCGACACGAUACCUCGGGCGACAAGCAAGGGUGGGUCGGCGAGAUUAAGGUGCACGGCAUCAAUCGAUACAUCGGCAAGUCGCGGGACAAGAUGGAGCUCGCGUACGUUCACUCCAUCGCGUACGUCGUCUACGACGGUUUCGUGAGCAAGGUGCUCAUGACCGAGCUCACCGGCUUGGACAGCGCCGAAUUGGAGAGGUGGAAGGAGGUGUGGGAUGAGCACCGAGGAAGGCCGGGAGAAGUCGGCGUCCAUGAUGUCGGCGAUGAUAGGCCGCGUGUCAAUGUGCGCUGCAUAUGGGAAGACCGCUGCGGCAGCGGCGAAGAAGGGGGAGACAAGGAGGAGAAGACGGAUAUGGCGGCAUGGGCGUUAGCAGCAUCCGCAUGCGCUGUGUGGUGCUUCGUCGAGAACGGCGAUGCCCAGCUGGCGGAUGCUGUGGAAGAAGGGAAGUCGGCGGCGAUCAUCGGCGGAGGCGAGCCAGGCGACCGCCGAUGUAUUCGGAAAAGUCAUGGAGGCGGUGCUGAAAGCCGAGAUGAACAGGGACUGCCCCUUGGGAGAGGUUGCCUACAACGUCGCGCCAGCACUCCAGAGGACCGCCCUUGA